AUGGCAACGACCACUACCGGCUCCGUCACCAUCGAGCGUAGUCACUUCGAGACGCUAAUUCGCAGGGCCAAUCUUGUAGGUUCCAAACCGCCUGGUUGUACGACGUUGGCUGGCAAUGCUGACAUCAAGCUCGAGAAUACCGAGGAUGAUUUGACAACGUCGACGCUGGCCAGCCAGAACCUGACCAUCGUCAGCAAAAUCGACUAUGAGAGUCUCAUCUCCAUCGCCCACCGAUUUGCGAGUCUUCGGCAGAAUCUGAUGAAUGGGGGCGUCAGCGAGGAACAGAUCGAUCUCCUCAGUCGUGAUGUCCAGUCGGCAUGUACUACCCAAGACAUGAGCACCUACUCGACCGACUAUGCAUGCAAUCGAGAUCACAACAACGAGGGCGGUGCCCGUCUGAACCCGUCCACCCCACCGACCUUCACAUUGAACCCCAACACCCCCAUGCAUCAGUCCUCGCACAAUGGCCAUGCUGCUGGAAAUGCUGGCUACGGCGCCAAUCUGGGUGGGAAGCCGCCCCACUCUCAGGAGUGGGCGGAUGCGGAUGGCAUGGGAGACGAUUUCUCGGCGUCGUACUCGAUAGGCGCGCAAACAGCCGACGUCACCAACCAACCGGUCUUUAAUCAGUUCAACCAGCAAGGGCCGUCCGAUCGACCGUACUUUGCUCGUUCAUGCAAACGUACUGUGGUCCUAGCAGGACUGCCGGAUAGCACGACGCAUUUGGACGUCACCAAGGUUGUUCGGGGCGGCUUGAUCUUGGAAGUGUAUCUGCGGGCAGCUGAGCACGCCGCUCUUGUGUCCUUCCUCCGUGAGGAAGAUGCCGUGCGCUUUUUCGACCAUGCCAGAAAGAAUGACUUGUACAUCAACCACAAGCGCGUAUUCAUCAAGUGGGCCGAUCGCCAUUUCCACCUGGCUGGUCAUGUUGCUGGCAAAAUCGCUGUCGGCGCCACCCGCAACAUGAUCAUUCGCCGCUGCGACCCCAGCCACACCGAGGACAGCAUUCGAGAUGAUCUCGAGCACAUUCACAAUCUAGUCGUCAUCAAGGUUGAGUUCUUAGGUGGCAGCUGUUACAUCAAGACCAACUCGGUUCACAAUGCGAUGUUCGCUCGAACUUGCAUGAUGAGCAGAAUAAAAUACAAGGGAUCUAAGAUUGAAUGGGACCUGGAUGAGUGCGAACAGCCACUGGAAAUUGUCCACAAGACUGCCACUCUCCUGCCGCAACGUGCUCCAUCCAUGAAGAAACCAGUCAGAGUGCAAAACCGGUUCGCAAGCCUGCGACUGGAUGACGACGAUGAUGAAAGUGACGAUAAGUUCGACACUUCUUCUGAUUUUCCGGCUGCGAGUACUGUUAAUGUAUCAGCGUGA